AUGAUCCCAACACGGAUCCUCAUCAUCUCGGACACGCACGCCCAACUGCCUUUGCCAGCCAAGGAAAUGUCUCCAGUGCCAUUUCACCAUCCACUCCCCUCCGCUGACGUACUGAUCCACUGCGGCGACCUCACCUUGAACGGCAAGCUUUCGCAGCACGAAGCAGCCGUGGAACUGCUCACGUCCGCCACCGCGGACCUGAAGAUCGUGGUCCCAGGGAACCACGACAUCACCUUGGACAGAGACUACUACCGCCGCUUUCCUGACAAGCACGCCGACUAUGGACCCUACUCGGAGCAAACCCUGGAUGGGAUCCGCGAGCUGUAUACCAGUCCGCAGGCGAAGGAAGCAGGCAUUCGGUAUCUUGAGGAAGGCGUUGCGGGGUUUGAAUUGCGCAACGGCGCACGACUGACCGUCUACGCCAGCGCUUAUCAGCCCGCGUUUUGCAACUGGGCGUUCGGAUACCCGCGGAGCAUCGACAGGUUCAACCUGCGCCAGGAAGGCGGUGGCGAGCCAGAGAAUCCUGUCCCGGACCACGGCGACAUCGAUAUCAUGAUCACGCACGGCCCUCCGAAGGGCAUUCUGGACAAGGUGUGGCGGGGCGAGGAUGUGGGUGGACAAAACGUGGGCUGCAAGCAUCUUCGCUACGCGGUCGAGCGGUGUCGACCUCGCAUCCAUUGCUUCGGACACAUCCACGAGGCUUGGGGCGCUGUCAUGAAGAGAUGGGAUGCCGGGGAUGUUGUUGGGCCGGAGCAAGUCUGCACGACGGGAGAUCCACCGUCGUCGACUUUUGCUGGCGAUGGGACUGGGAGAUGGGAGGACAAACCAAAGAACGGUUCCGCCGCGAAGUCUGUCGCGGGGCUUGGACCGCUGCAUUCAACCACCACUGAGAGUAGAAGGCAGCCGAAGAAGGUCCAAGAAGAAGGCGAGCCAGAAAUACUCCCAUCCGUUUCGAACCUAGCAGCGUCGUCCAAAUCCAGCCCAAUUCCACCGUACCAUCCCAGCACAAACCCAAGCAGCUACUACAUGUACCCGCACCAACUCCAGCAGCACAACAAUGCCGGUGAGACGCUUCUCCUGCCUGAUCCAUACGAUGACCAAGUGCGGCGGAAGUGCAUGGCCGUCGACGGGGGAGGUUUGAACUUCGGCAGGGAGACGCUAUUCGUGAACGCGAGUAUCGUGAAUCUCAGAUAUAGGCCGAUGAAUGCGCCGUGGGUGGUGGACGUCAUGUUGCCAGAGGCUGCUGAAGGGGGGGGAAGGCGACAUUGA